GAGAAAAACGGCCGAUUUCCCGCGAAUGUUAUUUAUAUACGGCUUCCUCUCAUUUCUUACAAAUCUAAGAAUUCACAUUUCUCCUCUCUCUCUCUCUCUCUCCCAACUGAGUUGAGCUCGCGAGUCGUCGACAGAGACAAGAAAGCCAUGUUCUUAAUCCGAGUCCACUCGGUGGACGCCAACAAGCCUCUCAACUUCGACAACUUGGAGUUCUCAACGACCACCAAGAAACCGCCGGCGAAGAAUCCCGAUUCGGUUUCCAAGUUCUACGAGCGAAAGGGCGUUAUUCACCUCUUCCGUACCAUAGUUCGUUCUCCGCUGCCGAACCCUAGCUCCAGGACCACCGUCCUCUUCGUCAUCGCCGUCCCCAAUUACUUCUCCUUCGAGGAUUUCCUCCGAUUCUGUGGGACCCGCAUCGACCAUAUCACCGAGCUUAUCUUUAUCAGGAACGAUGGGAUGGAAGAUCACUACAGUAUUGUGAUUAAGCUUAAGAAUAGGAUGUCGUCAGAUGGAUUUUAUUGCUGUUUUAAUGGGAAGAAGUUCAAACCCGGUGAGGCCGAGGUCUGCCACAUUCUGUUUUUGCAUGCCGUGGAAUUCUCAGAUUCAGCCGAGAUAGCAGGGACACCCCCAGAUGCGUGCAUCGAGUUACCUACUUGCCCCGUUUGCCUUGAGAGAUUGGAUCCAGAUACUAGUGGAAUAUUGACUGCUGUCUGCGACCAUUCUUUCCAAUGUCCUUGCACUACAAAAUGGACUCAUUUAUCUUGCCAGGUUUGUCGAUUAUGUCAGCAGCAGGAUGAUAGACCCACUUGUGCUAUCUGCGGAACAAUUGAAAAUCUCUGGGUUUGCGUGAUAUGUGGUUUUGUAGGAUGUGGAAGAUACAAAGAAGGGCAUGCUAUUAGGCACUGGAAGGAUACACAGCAUUGCUAUUCUCUUGACUUAACAACACAGCAAAUCUGGGAUUAUGUUGGUGAUAGUUAUGUCCACCGACUGAACCAAUCAAGAGCUGAUGGCAAGUAUGGUGAGAUGAAUGCCCGUUGCAUGUCACUUGAAGGAGAUUGUGCUAGUUGCACAUGCAGUGAGGAUUCUGGCUUUGGUGGAGCCCUCUAUAACAGCAAAGUCGAUGCAAUUGUGGAAGAGUACAAUCAUCUUCUUGCUAACCAGUUUGAGACUCAAAGACAAUAUUAUUCAUCUCUGCUUGCAGAAGCGAAAAGUAAACUGGAAAAUGCAAUUACUGAUGCGGUCGAGGAAGCUGUAAAUUCCAAAAUGCAGGACAUCCAAAACAAACUGCAAAAAUGUAUGGAGGAAAAGAACGUUGUUGCAGAUAUCAAUCGAAGUCUCAUCAAAGACCAAGAACUUUGUCGCAAGAAGUUCAAGGAAAUUGAAGAAAGGGAAGCUGCAGAGCUGAAGCUGAGGGAUGCAAAGAUACUUGAUCUUGAAGAACAGAUUAGAGACCUCACUGUCUAUAUCGAAGCCCAAAAAACGCUUAGUGACAUGACGGAUUCGGAUGGCAUCAGAGGAGGAACCCUCUUACCAGUACCUUCAAAGCAAUCUUCCCCAUCUAAUACAAGAAAACAGACAAAGUCAGGUCGUAGAAGAAAUUAGAAAGUUGAUUGCCUUGGUAUACUGUGGAUAGACCGAAUGGGGAAAAUUAAUUCACACCCACAGUUCGCGCGUUUUUCUGUCUGGUGCUCUGUGAAUCCGUCAGUGGCUUCUUUCCUUUACUGCAGCGUUACUUGUUUUGAUCUCCUCGUAUACAGAAGCCAUUUCGACAUCGAAUGUGCAGUUCAUGUGGCUUGGGUCUUUUGUCUUGGUUUUUUAUUUUGAUGUAAUAUUCCGUCAUUUUAAUGUUUAUGUUUCUGUUGAGUAAUAACACAAUUUCUCGUCUCAUCUUUCUAUAGUGAUGGCUGGUCUAGUCCGUUAGGUUGAUCGUAUGCAUUGUUGUAAGUGACACUAGUGCUUUAGGGUCUUUUGCUCUUAAUCGAUGGGUGGUUUUAUCAAAU